UGUGUAUGUUAGCGAGCCAGGAUGUAAGGAACACUCAACGGCAUAUACAACAUUGGCGACGAGUCGAAAAACCGCGGUCACAAUGGCACGUUCAGGGGCCAUGGCGCUGACGCUGGACAAGUUUGAAUGUGGAGGUGAACCAACUUCCUUGGGAAUACGAUGGGAACGUUGGAAGAGAGCACUCCGAAUAUAUAUAGAUGCAGCGGGCAUAGAAAAAAGUGAAAAGAAGAGAGCCAGUCUUCUUCAUUUUGGGGGACAAGAAUUGCAGGAGAUUUUCUUCAAUAUCCCAGAUCCAGAUAUUGAGGAGGGAGGACCUAGAAGAGAUGUGUUUGAAAUUGCAUUAGCAAAGCUAGACUCUUACUUCUCACCAAAACAAAGUAAAGUGUAUGAAAGACAUUUAUUCAGACAAUUGAAACAAGAAAUUAACGAAAAAUUUGAGAAAUUUUUAGUACGAUUAAGGCAGCAGGCGGUCAAAUGUCAAUUUCAUAAUGAAGAGGAAAACAUAAUAGACCAAAUUAUUGAAAAGGGCUCCUCAAGCGAAUUGAGAAAGAAGAUUUUACGCGCAGGGGACGACAUGACCUUAGAAAAGAUAAUCACGGUGGCCAAUUCUUUGGAAGCCGUGAACAGGCAGCUGGAAGAUUUUGACGACAAAGCGGCAAGCAAGGAAGGAGUAAAUCGAAUAAGUAUAAAUAAAUAA